AUGUCUGGAUCAGUUUUAAAAUAUGUUGCACCUUCAACAUCUACCGCAGUAGGAGAAAGCGCUGAAGACAUUCAGUCUGUUGAAUCCAGAGGUGAAAUGCCUGAAGUAUCUUCUCAAGAAGCUUCAUAUGGGAAAGCGCAAGAAUUGGAGAAGAUCAUUUUAUCUUCAAGCGGUGAAAGUGAUGUAGAUGAAGGCGAUGCCAGCAGAAGCCUGCAUCAGCAAGACUCUGAUGAUGAUGAAGAAGAAGAGGAGACUGUUCGACUGUCAGUUUAUUCUGAUGUUGCUGCUUGGCCAGUUCCAGUUCCAGAUGUUUUAAGAGUGGACCUUAUUAAGAGGGGAAGUGAACCUUUCCAAAAUAGAGAUGGGCCAUUCAGUCCUGUUGAAAGGCAAGGAGAGAAAUCAAAAGGGAAGAGUCGACAGUUGACCACUGCAUAA